AUGAGGAUCUUCAUUGCCUUUGAGGGCUCCUGUGAACCUUUUGACAUUUCCCAGGACCAGACAGUCAGGACAAUAAAAUGGAUGAUAAAGGACUUCUUCCACAUGCAGCUGUCGGACGAUAAGCGGACACAUCGCUUCAUAGACCUGACUUACGCCGGUGCCACUCUGCAAGACAGCUGGGUUCUACCCGACGUUGGCAUCGCCCCUAGCAGCACCAUCCACUGUGUGCUCAAGGAGGAGGAUAAGCCCAUCCUGCAUGUGUUCAGCGCGGUGACAAAGGAGACCCUGUCUGUGAUGGGGACUGUUUUUCUUCUAAGCACCUCUGUUUCCAAGCUGAAGUCCCUAGUGUCCCUGCAAAAUGGUCUGCCGGUCAGCACAUUCAGGCUGACCACUCAGACUGGCCUGGAGCUCUACAACUGCAACUGCCUGGAUGAGUAUGGCAUCGAAGUCGGAACCACACUCCACCUGGACACCUGGGACGGGUGGACAGAGUUCCUCAGGGGUUGUUUUCUGGGCCACAGACACACUGUCCAGCACUACCUGUCUGAAGAGGAGCCAGUGAUGAGAUUCCAGCAGAGAGUGGCUCUGUAUGUGGCAGCUUUUUUCGGACACUUGGACCUCGCCGACUGGCUGCUAAGAAGGGGAGUGAGGGCGGAGGAGGCAGUAGGGGUGCACCCCUAUCGCGAGUGGUGCAAGGAGACAGACCACCCUGAGGUUAGCAAGUGUCCCGUCCAUGCUGCCGCAGAGGCUGGCCAGCUCCACAUCCUCAAGUUCUUCAUCAACAACAGUGUGCUGAACUUGAACUGUCGGGAUCACAGGGGCCGCAGCCCUCUGCAGAUCACCAUUCAGCACAGGCACAGAGACUGCGUCCAAUACCUCAUCACAAAGCUCUGGUCAAUGGUCUCCUUCCCAGGCCUGUCGUUCCCUAUGGGGACAUACAUCCAGAUCAAGCGCUGGGUCCACAAGGCACAGCGGCAGGCCUCCCCAGUGAGCAUGGUUCACAAGGAACCCUAUAAAACUAGGGUGGGAGAUACUGUCCUGGUUGAUGGCUUCACUCUUCCAGAGAUGACAUCAAAGCCCAGGAGCAGAGUGACCAGGGCGGGCGCGGCUGUCCAAUGCAGCAACCUUCCAGUUCGAGGUCAGCCGGGUCAGCUGCCUCAGCUGCAUCCUGCCGCUGUAGAUGAUGGCAGACUCAGGAGGAGCGGCAGGCAGGAAGGACGCUCUAAAAGAGAGGAAAUCCUUUCGGCUGAAAAUAGGGACCAGAACAGGAACACGUGGCGGAGCAAAGUCCCACUUCCACCCAUCUCCCAGGAUACCAACCCCCGGCCUCGAUUCAUCUAUGCCUCCCCCAACUCCUCUCUCAUCCUCACCUCUUCACUGGAGUCCUUUUCCAAACACUGUGGGCGUAGCACCAGAGAGAAUGCCAUCUAUUGUUUGGCCCUAGCUAGUGCUUUCACAGAGAAACCCUGGCUGCAACAGCUGGGGAUGGCUCGGACACUGGCCCAGAGAACAGUGCAGAAACUAGUGUAG